AAAUAGUUGACCAUGUAAUCUUAUCUUAACUCAUAUAUGUUCCUCAACAUUCCUUUGGAUAUCGGACAUUAUCAGUAAAUUUCAGCCCACUGACCUGAGAGAGAUGACAAGAUCUAGUUCAACAUUGGUUCUUCUGAGUUGAGAAGUGAAACUUCUUAUGGCCGUUAACAAGACACAUGGAUACAAAACGAUCGUUUAUGUAUUCAUAUUUUGAUGUCAAUGGUGUACUUUUUAUUUGAAUAAGUUUUUAAAUAGGAGUCAUGGCAAAUGCAGACCCGGGUCGUGAUUAUUCGGACGAUGAAGAUGAGGAUGCUGCCAUGAGCCAGGCCACUGCCCCUUUAGAGGAGAAUCAUGUCCAUCCCAGCCCUGGCUCCAGUAAACAAAAUGGAAGUGCAAUGAGCCAUGUCGACCGUUAUGGUUUUAUCGGUGGUUCUCAGUACACAGAUCCUGAUGAUGAAAGAAGGUUGCCAACCGAAAUCCUAAGAAAACGAGAAUUAAAAUGGUUAGAGAUGUUUGAAAAUUGGGAAAAAUGGAUGAGUAAACGUUUUAAAAAGAUUAAAGAGCGGUGUCGUAAAGGUAUACCUCCAUCUCUGCGCUCAAGGGCCUGGCAGUACUUGUGUGGUAGUAGGUUCCUCAUGGAGAACAAUAAAGGCAGAUUUGAGAAUUACCUACAGCAGUCUGGAGAUCCCAAGUGGAUGGACGACAUUAAGAAAGACCUACACCGACAGUUUCCCCUACACGAGAUGUUCACUAGUAAAGAUGGAUAUGGUCAGGAAGACUUGUUUAAGAUUCUGAAGGCGUACACUAUCCACAACCCUAAGGAUGGAUACUGUCAGGCACAGGCUCCUAUCGCUGCAGUCCUACUGAUGCACAUGCCUGCAGAACAGGCCUUCUGGUGUCUCGUGUCCAUCUGUGAGAAGUACCUACCUGGUUAUUUCAGUCCAGGGCUGGAAGCUGUACAAGUAGAUGGUGAUGUAUUGUUUGGACUUGUAAAGAGAACAUCCCCUACAAUAUAUAAACAUUUAAAGAAGCAGGAAGUCUACCCUAUACUCUACAUGACAGAGUGGUUUAUGUGUGUGUUCACACGUACACUUCCCUGGUCCAGUGUGCUUCGGGUAUGGGAUGUAUUCUUUUGUGAAGGAGUGAAGGUGUUGUUCCGUGUGGCAUUGGUCUUAGUUAGACUUGCUCUUGGUGAGCCUGGCACACUUUCUAAGUGUCCUUCACUGUACGAAACACUGGAAGCUCUCAGGCGGCUACCACUCAAUCUUCUUGAAGAGGAGGGGCUAAUACAGGAAACACUGAGACUGAACAUCAAUGAGAGAGACAUGGAGAAGGAGCAUCAGAAACAGAUACAGAGACGUCGAGCGAAGGACAAGGCGAAGGAUACAGGGCGGAGCAAGUCCAAGUCUAGAAAGACAUGAUAGUGGUCAGCUAAUUCACAUCAUUCACAUCCUUAAAUUUCAACACUAAAAGGCAGUGUGACUGUGAGACAUUAUCUUUCCGGAUUUUACCUUAUACCAUUAGGAGGAUAGAGUGGCCUGGAAGAGUCCUGUUUUAUAUACAAUACAAAAAUACACAUCUCAUUUUCGUCAGAUAUGACUGGGACAAGACGUAGUCAUUAAUCUUAUAUAAAGU